AUGCCUGCCUACGAGAUUCAGGACAAUCCCAACGACAAGACAUGGCAGCCUAAUGGGGAAGCCACCUACACUGACGAUAACUAUGACGACGAGGCAGAUGAUCCCAACGAUAAAGAUCCUACACUCGAACCACCUCUCCAGUGCCAUUAUCCCAGCAAGUUUAGGUCAAGCACGGUUAACGCGGACGAUGAUCAAAUCCCUGGAGUCCAAACCAAGAAGGCGGGCCGGCCAUCUACAAACGUCCACAAACGCAGGCCACACGUAGAAGAAGAGGAAGAUGAUGAAGUCGUGAACUUCUGGUACGGAUUCACAGUCACUAAAGGACAACCGCAACGCCGUUAG